AUGGGUUUCUUGAUCUGCGCCUGCCUCCUCCAGCUGCUCUUCUUGGGCUCUUCUCCGGCGGCGGCGCAGUCGCCGUCUCCGGCGAGGGCCCUGGACGCAAUGCUGCAGGGCUACGCGUACCGGGCCUUCGUCCGGCCGCACACCGGCAUUGUCUACAACGGCACCGUGCCCGCGGACCUCGCCGGCGUCGCGGUGUCCGGGCUCCGCCUGCGCAGCGGCAGCCUGCGGAGGAAAGGCUUCUCCGACUAUUUCGAGUUCAGCAUCCCCCCUGGCGUCAUCGUGCAGCCGUACGUGGAGAGGGUGGUGCUCGUGUACCACAAUUUGGGCGAGCUGUCGGAGAAGUACUACCCGCUCCCCGGCUACACCUACCUCUCGCCCAUUCUCGGCCUGCUGGUCUACGACGCUGCCAACUUGUCAGCAGCGGGGUUGUCCGAGCUGAGCAUCGUCGCGUCAGGGAGCCCCAUUUCUGUGAGUUUCAGCAAUGUGAGGGCGGUGCCCCCAGGCAGUCCAGCGCCGCAGUGUGUCUGGUUUGAUCUGGAUGGCGUGCCACAGUUCCGGGGCUUGGAGGCAAACAACGUGUGUGCAACGUAUCGCCGAGGGCACUUCUCCAUAGUGGUGAACUCCAGUGAGGUUGCUCCUGCUCCAGGGCCUUCAGGCGCAAUUGCCCCACCGAUACCGACUAAUGGUGGUCGUGAUAAGGGUAGUUCGGACGCAUGGAAGAUUGCUGUCGGCGUUGUUGGGGGCGUCAUUGCAUUGGGUCUGUUGGCUUUGCUUCUGGUAUGUUUCGUCAGAUAUAAAAGGGAAAAGAAGAUGGAGGUGAUGGAACGAAAUGCGGAGGUCGGGGAGACUUUGCGCAUGGCGCAGGUUGGGCGGUCGCAAGCGCCUGUAGCGUUGGGAACGCGAACAAAACCUGUGAUUGAGAGCGAGUAUGUUGUGUAG